AUGAUGCUCAACUCAGACACCAUGGAGCUGGACCUGCCUCCCACCCACUCUGAGACCGAGUCCGGCUUCAGCGACUGUGGGGGCGGGGCGGGCCCUGACGGGGCGGGGCCGGGGGGGCCGGGAGGGGGUCAGGCUCGUGGCCUGGAGCCGGGAGAGCCGGGCCGGAAAGACCUGCAGCACCUGAGCCGGGAGGAGCGGCGGCGCCGGCGGCGCGCCACAGCCAAGUACCGCACGGCCCACGCCACGCGGGAGCGAAUUCGCGUGGAAGCCUUCAACCUGGCCUUCGCCGAGCUGCGCAAGCUGCUACCCACGCUGCCCCCCGACAAGAAGCUUUCCAAGAUUGAGAUCCUGCGCCUGGCCAUCUGCUACAUCUCCUACCUGAACCACGUGCUGGACGUCUGA